CGCCAGUAACACACUGUCACUUGGGUUCGGAAACAACGAGCGAAUAUGCCGUCUGUCCAAACGUAAUGCUUUACGCAUCCCUCCAAUAUCUGCAAGAGGCAUCAACUAAGAGGAGUAGGAAAUUGAAGAGCAAGUUCGUUUGACGUACCCAGGUGCACACAACGCGACCCAAAAUGAGCCCUUUGGAUUUGGUCAACAGCACGGACCCAGGCCAGGUGAGAUGGGACGACUUCUCCCGAUACGGGGAGUUCUUUCUGGGGAACGACAGCCUUGAUCUCCUCCGGCCCACCUUCAGUGACGACAUCACCAAGCUCCUGCUUGUCCAAGUUGCGCUGAUCGCUGCCUACUCGCUCAUCAUCCUCCUGGGCUUGGUGGGCAACACGCUGGUCAUCUACAUGGUCAUCCUCUACAAGAACAUGCGGACCGUCACUAACUACUUCAUUGCCAACCUGGCGCUGGCUGACCUGAUGGUGGACACCAUCUGCCUGCCGUUCACGCUGGCCUACACGCUGCUGGACGAGUGGAAGUUCGGCGCGGUGCUGUGCCACCUGGUGCCGUACGCGCAGGCGCUGAGUGUCCACGUCUCCAUCCUGACGCUGACGGUCAUCGCGCUGGAGCGCUACCGCUGCAUCGUCUUCCACCUGGAGCGCCGGCUCUCGCGGCGCACCAGCUUCGCCAUCAUCGGCCUGACGUGGGCGACGUCGGCCGUGCUGGCCGGCCCGCUGGCCAUCUUCCGCGAGUACCGGCGCGAGGAGAUCCCCUCCAUCGGCCUGCGCAUGGCCGUGUGCUCGGAGAAGUGGCCCAACGGCACCAACCGCGACGCCGUCAUCUACAGCCUGGCCAUGCUGCUCGUCCAGUACGUCAUCCCUCUGGGCAUCAUCAGCUACGCCUACGUGUGCAUCUGGGCCAAGCUCCGCAGCCACGUCAGCCCGUCCAGCCGCGGCGACAGCAUCCACCGCCGCAAGAAGACCACCAAGAUGCUCGUGCUGGUGGUUCUGGUGUUCGCCUUGUGCUGGCUGCCCUUCCACAUUUUCCAGCUGGCCAGUGACCUGGACCUGGUGCUGCGCUUCAAGGAGUACAAGCUGCUCUACACCAUCUUCCACAUCGUGGCUAUGUGCUCCACCUUCACCAACCCGCUCCUCUACGGGUGGAUGAACAAGAACUACCGCAACGGCUUCCUCAUGUUCUUCCGCUGCGAGCACAAGCCCGACACCAUCCACCCGGAAGGGUCCUUCAAGACCCGCUCGCAGAGGGGCCUGAUUGUAAACGGCCACCAUGGUGGACACCGACCAACUCCCGUGUGAACAUUGCUGAACUUGUCUUGAACUUCCAAAUGUGUGGAAGCACCCUUGAAGGGUGCCAAGUAGGGCUAUUUAUUCUUGAGCAAGUGCCAUAUGGUCUGCGAGUUUACUGAAGGUACCCCUUUUGGCAUCAAAGGCAUAGAAAGAAUGAAUGAGCAGCUGUGUGUGUUGGCAACAAGCUGUCUACAGCUAAUUGUCUAACUUGGAAGAGGGGAAGCAUCGUACUCGUUGCACAAGAAAUCAUUUAUUUUUUAUGCCAGUAGGAACUUGAGGGGAUAAUGUCAUUUUGGAACAAGGUGUACAUUUUAUGUUUUGUGCCCCAAAGGAGGUGCAGUCAAAAAGAAAAAAUACACACUGGUGUUCAAUUCUGGUGUAUUGGCAGAAUAUGACAUUUUGGGUUGCCUAUAUUCUAGUUCCAAGUCCGAUUAUGGGACGGAAGACAAAACCUAUUUGGAUUUCAAAUCAUUCUAACCAUAAUGUAAUAAAAUCAUCAUUAAAUGUUACAAAGGUUUGCCAAAGCCAAUAAACUGCCGCUAAAAAUCAUUCUAUAAUAUCAAGAAAUUGCAUGUGCAUUCAUUUACAUAUGCUACUUUUAAUGCACUGAUGGCAGAUGUGCAAAGAGUGCAGAUGUGCAAGAGAAAUGCACAAGUACUUAAAUACAUAUGAAUAUAUCUAUAAAUAUGUUGUAUUUUAACGUUCAGUUCUGUGUGUUCUUCAGUCAGGGAGUUGAAUAAUGCCUCAUGUGCGGCUCUGUUCAGCAUCACAAAUUUGAUGAGACUGCAGCGGUGGCAGUGACAGGAUCUGACAAAUUGACUAUAUCUUCUCAUGAAUGUCAUCAAAUCGCUCUCUGAUCUCUGUGCGUGUGUGUGCGUGUGUGUCUGUGUGUGUGUGUGUGUGUGUAUGUGUGUUUCUGUGUGUGUGUGUGUGUGUGUCUGUGGGUGUGUGUGUUUGUGUGUGUGCACCAUCUGCUGGAGGAAACAUGUGCCUCUGUGUUAUAUAUCUCUUUAUUGUGAAGCAUUCCUCCAUUUGCCCUCCCAGCUGUCUGUGUGAUCUAA